GCGGUCCUACGUGUCCUCCUCCCAAGUCUUGUGCUCGGUGGUGUGCAGCAUUUGAACAGAGGCAGACAGGGGAAGCAGAAUGAGUGGCUAGACAUGACCUUAGAAUAAAUUUGAGGAGUAACCUCGACGGUUUCAAACCACGGACCUUGAACAUCUGGAUUUCCCUUCGUGUUGGAUAUUUAAUUUAAAAGGAGGUGUUGGAGGAAUAUCUCCCCUCAGCGUUGGACUCUAUCUACCAGUUCCUCAGCAUAAAACCAUACCUGGCGCAGGUCUCAGAGUCUCCUUAAUCUUAUUUGUAGAUAGACAGCGAGCCCGGCUGGCGACACAUUACAGAGUAUCUUUAUUUAAAGCGCUUUAACAGAAAAUGUGAAUCCCUGCCUUCUCCGUGAGGGAGCCGAACCCCCGUCGUUGGCAUCUGAAACAGCUGGCUUGUGUCUAGAAAAUUGUGGAUUAACGAUUUUUUUUACCCCUUCUCCCAAGGAACCUCGGACGUCUUUCAGUGGCCUGUAGCCACAAUGAGCGUCGAUUUAAUUGAAUUAACUACAUGAGCGGUGUCAAAAGAAACGCGUUUCUCUCCGAUUUAAAAAGGGAAAAAAUCCAUAUCUGCUGAAAUAAACGGCGCCAGGAAAAUAUGGAAAACGAGGUGUUCACUCCUUUGCUGGAGCAGUUCAUGCUGACACCUCUGGUCUGCUGGGUGAAGACGGUCGGACACUCGACGGUGACCGAUGGCACCAAAUUAUCGGAAUAUAUUGAAUUAGUGGAUGGGAUUUACCUGAAUGAGAUAAUGCUUGAGAUAAAUCCCAAAGCCACAGUGCAGCGCACCAACAAGAAAGUGAACAAUGACUCCACACUGCGCAUCCAGAACCUUUCUAUUCUCAUCAGGCAGAUUAAAUCCUACUAUCAGGAGUGUCUCCAACAGCUGGUGAUGAUGCCUUUACCAAAUGUGCUGAUACUGGGCCGGAACCCCCUCUCUGAGCAAGGUCUGGACGAGAUGAAGAAACUGUUGCUGUUGCUACUAGGCUGUGCUGUCCAGUGUGAGAAAAAGGAAGAGUACAUUGAGCGUAUCCAGACUCUGGACUUUGACACCAAAGCUGCCAUAGCAUCACAUAUCCAAGAGGUGACUCAUAACCAAGAAAAUGUAGUGGACCUGCAGUGGCUGGAAAGUGGGGAAAUGCCUCCAGAGGAUCUGGACAGCCUCUCCAGAAACCUGGCUUUCCACCUCAAGCGCCUGGUGGAUGAAAGGGACACACAGCUUGAGACUAUAGUAGAGCUUACCCAGGAGAGAGACUGUGUGCAGCUAUCUCCACUGGCUCCCUGUCCAACCCAGUCUCCCAGUGACUCUCCCAGUAUGAGGAGGACUGAGAGCCGACAGCACCUCUCUGUGGAGUUGGCUGAUGCCAAGGCCAAGAUAAGACGCCUUCGGCAGGAACUAGAGGAGAAGAGUGAGCAGCUUUUGGACACCAGGCAGGAGCUUGAGAACAUGGAGGUCGAGCUCAAGAGACUUCAGCAAGAGAGCUAUCAGCUGCUGUCAGAUGCUCGGUCGGCUCGGGCCUAUCGUGACGAGCUGGAUUCGCUCCGAGAGAAAGCGAUACGUGUGGACAAGCUGGAGAGCGAGCUGAGCCGAUACAAGGAGAGACUUCAUGACAUCGAGUUUUACAAGGCCAGAGUUGAGGAGCUGAAGGAGGACAACCAGAUUCUGCUGGAGACUAAGACGAUGCUGGAGGAGCAGCUGGACGCUAGCAGGACCCGGUCCGACAAAUUACAUCUCCUGGAGAAGGAGAAUCUACAGAUCAAAUCCAAGAUCCACGACCUGGAGAUGGAGCGGGACAUGGACCGUAAGCGGAUGGAGGAGCUGUUAGAGGAGAACCUUGUGCUUGAGAUGGCCCAGAAACAGAGCAUGGAUGAAUCCCUGCACCUUGGAUGGGAGCUGGAACAAUUAUCAAAGACACCAGAGCUAACAGAAGCCCCUCAAAAGUCUCUGGGGGAGGAGGUGAAUGAGCUAACGUCAAGCCGCCUGCUAAAGCUGGAGAAAGACAACCAGACCCUGCUGAAGACGGUUGAGGAACUCAGAGCAGCAGCCAGUCAGGACACUGUGACAAAACUGGUCAAAGCUAACCAAGAAAACCAGAAGCUGAGCAAGAAAUUGGAGUCGUUGGAGAGCGAACUGACAGCAGACAGAGAGUCGCUCCGCAGUGCCGAAUCUCUCAGUACUGACCUGAUGAAGGAGAAGGCUUUGCUGGAGAAGACUCUGGAAACCCUCAGAGAAAACUCAGAGAGACAGAUGAAGGGUCUCGAACAGGAGAACAAGCACCUGAGCCAAACCGUGUCGUCUCUGCGUCAGCGCUGCCAGGUGGGUGCCGAGGCCCGCGUCAAGGAUGUGGAAAAAGAGAACCGCGUUCUUCACGAGUCGAUCUGUGAGACAACUGCCAAACUAAAUAAGAUGGAGUUUGAAAGGAAACAGCUGCGCAAAGAGCUUGAAGUUAUGAAGGAGAAAGGAGAGAGAGCAGAAGAGCUGGAAAUUCAGAUACAGAAGUUGGAAAGGGAAAACGAGAGCCUGCAGAAGAAAGUUGCCAGUCUUGGAAUCACCUGUGAAAAGGUGGCUUCUUUGGAGAAGGAGAAUAGUGAGCUGGAGGCAGAAGGCCGCCGCCUGAAGAAGAAGCUGGACACCCUGAAAAACAUGGCCUUCCAGCUGGAGGCUUUGGAAAAAGAAAACACUCAACUGGAGCAGGAGAACUUGGAGCUUCGACGCUCAGCUGAGAGUCUCCGCUCGGCGGGGGCUAAGGCUGCUCAGCUGGAGGCCGAGAACAGGGAGCUGGAGAGCGAGAAGAGCCAACUGAAACGCAGUCUGGAGCUGCUCAAAGCCUCGUCUAAGAAGACUGAGAGAUUAGAGGUGAGCUACCAGGGCCUAGAUACUGAGAACCAGCGCCUGCAGAAGGCUUUAGAGAACAGCAGCAAGAAAAUCCAGCAGUUGGAGGCAGAGCUGCAAGAGGUGGAGUCUGAGAAUCAGUCCCUCCAGCAUAACCUGGAGGAGCUCAAGAUCUCCAGUAAACGUCUCGAGCAGCUGGAGCAGGAGAACAAGGCUCUGGAGUUGGAAAGCUCCCAGCUAGAGAAAGACAAGAAGUUCCUGGAAAAGGAGAACAAGCGACUGAGGCAGCAGGCUGAGAUCCGCGACUCAAAGCUGGAUGAUAGCAACCAGCGCAUCGCUACCCUGGAGAAGGAAAAUCGGACAAUGGGCAAGGAGAUGAUCUUUUUCAGGGACUCCUGUACGAGAGUCAAGGACCUGGAAAGGGAGAAAAAGGAGCUGGUCAAACAGGCCACGAUCGAUAAGAAGACCCUUGUCACGCUCAGAGAGGAGCUUGUGAGCGAGAAGCUGCGGACUCAGCAGAUGACCAAUGAUCUUGAGAAACUGACCCAUGAGUUGGAAAAGAUUGGACUGAACAAAGAGAGGCUCCUGCAUGACGAGAGCUCAGACGACAGGUUUAAGCUCCUGGAAACCAAACUUGAGUCGACCCUGAAAUCAACUCUGGAGAUCAAAGAGGAGAAAAUUGCUGCACUCGAGGCAAGACUGCAGGAGUCCUCCAACCUUAACCAGCAGCUUCGCCAGGAGCUGAAAACGGUGAAGAAAAACUAUGAGGCGCUCCGGCAGAGAGAGGAGGAGGAGAGGAUGGUGCAGAGCUCACCCCCUAAAGGAGGGGAAGACCCUCAGGCUGUCAGUAAAUGGGAGAAAGAAAGCCAUGAAGCCACCAGAGAACUGCUGAAAGUCAAAGACAGACUCAUUGAAGUGGAGAGGAAUAAUGCUACUCUGCAGGCUGAGAAGGUGGCCCUGAGGAGCCAACUCAAACAACUGGAAACCCAAAACUCCAACCUGCAGGCUCAGAUAGUGGCUGUGCAGAGGCAGACGGCCUCUUUACAGGAGAACAAUACAACGCUACAGACGCAGAAUGCCAAACUACAGGUGGAAAACUCAACUCUGAGCUCACAGAGCGCAUCCCUGAUGGCCCAGAACGCCCAGCUGCAGAGCCAGCAGAGCAGUGUGGAAGGAGAGCGUGAAGGAGCGCUGAGGGAGAAAGAGGAGCUGAGGGCUACCUACGAACUGCUGCUGCGCGAUCACGAGAAGCUGGCAGCGCUCCACGAGAGGCAGGCAGCUGAAUAUGAAGCGCUGAUCGGGAAGCACGGUGGGCUGAAGACCUCCCACAAGAGCCUGGAACAGCAGCACAGGGACUUGGAGGACAAGUACAAACAGCUCUUGCAGAGAAAGGGGGAGCUGGAGGAGCUGGAGAAAAAUCUGAAGGAGCAGCAGGAAAAGAUGGCCCUGGAGAAUCAGACCCACCAAGCUACAGCUGACCAGUACAAACUGCUCAAAGAGGAAAAUGAUAGGUUGAAUAGCACCUAUCGUCAGCUCUUGAAGGACAAUGAAAAUCUCCAGCUGGACCAUAAAAACCUAAAGAGCCAGUUGAACAGUGCAAAGCUGGAGCAAACCAAGCUGGAGGCUGAGUUUUCUAAACUGAAGGAGCAGUACCAGCAGCUGGACAUCACCUCCACCAAGCUAACCAACCAGUGUGAGUUGUUGAGCCAGCUGAAGGGAAACUUGGAGGAAGAGAACCGUCACCUGUUGGAUCAAAUCCAGACUUUGAUGUUACAAAAUCGCACACUGCUGGAGCAGACCAUGGAGAGCAAGGACCUGUUCCACGUAGAGCAAAGACAAUACAUAGAUAAGCUGAAUGAGCUGAGGAGGCAGAAGGAGAAGUUGGAGGAGAAGAUUAUGGACCAGUACAAGUUCUAUGACCCUUCACCUCCACGCAGGCGCGGCAACUGGAUUACUCUAAAGAUGAAGAAGCUGAUCAAGCCGAAGAGCCGGGAGAGGAUGCGGUCUCUCACACUGACUCCAUCUCGAUCAGAGUCUGGAGACAGUUUUCUGGUGUUUCCCCAGGACAGCCAGGACAGCUCAUCCAUAGGCUCGGGCACCAACUCGCUAGAUGACACGCUCUCACACAAGAGGAGCAGCAGGAGGAGAGGGCAGCAGUCUCAUGCCCAAGUGCAGGGUUCCUCCAAUGCUAUAAAAAGGUUGCCUUUCAUGAGGAACAGAUCCAAGGACAAAGACAAGGCCAAGGCCAUCUACCGGCGCUCCAUGUCUAUGAAUGACCUGCUUCAGACCAUGGCAAUGGCAGGCGGUCCUGAGGCUCAGUGGGCGGGCAGCAUUGAGAAUCUAGACGGGGCUGAAGCCAGAGAUGCCAACAUGACGGGCAGCAGCAGGCGCAGCGGGCAGCGCAUGAAGGAACUCGCCUUUUCCACCAAUGCCAUUGAUUGUGCCACCCUCACCCUGCCUAGUUCAAGUCACAGUAGAACCAAGCACAGGCUUCAGGUCAAAGACAAUGCCUCCUGUGAGGAUGUCGCCGGCUCAUUGGAUGAUCCCAAGAGUCAAGCCUCCAGACCCUCCAGUCUUCAUAGCAACAGGACCACCAGUAGUAAUAGUAACAAUAACUCCCACCUUACUUCUCCUCUGGAGGGCAAAGGCACACUGAACGGCAGUCUGAGCAGGCCUCACAGCGAGAGCAGCGGCGAGUUCAGCCUGAGUCUGGACCAGGAGGUGUGGUCCAGCAGCGGCAGCAGCCCCGUCCAGCAACCCACCUCCUCACGCUCCUCCCACCAGAGCCCCCUGCAGCUGCGCAGAUCUUUUGACCCAUCUGCCACCGCGGGCAGCGCGGUCCAGACCCAGAUCAGGAAGACGGGAUCCCCAGGGAGCAAGGUGCUUUCCCUGCAGCAGUUCCUGGAUGAGGGUAUUGAUCCUGCAGAGUCUGGCAGUCAGGAGAACCUCACUGUAGACUCUCCUCGCCUCUCCACCUCCUCUGAGCACGGCCAGAAAGAACGCACUGUCACAAAGGGCCGGGGCAUACUGCGCUCGUCCAGCGGGAAGGCAGCACCAGUCAGCGCUGACCGGCCUCCGAGGUCUUCCGGACAACCAGGACGCCCUUCCCUGCGGAAGGCCGAGAGCACACGCGUGAAAGGCUCCGCCCCGAUCCGCGCCAGCCUGUCUUCACAGGGCAAAGCGACCUCUGUCUCCGAACGGCUCGAUUCAGCCUCCUCCACCCUGCCCCGGGCCAGCAGUGUCAUCUCCACCGCUGAAGGUACCACACGGCGUACCAGCAUCCACGACCUGCUGUCCAAGGACAACCGGCAGCCCGUUUCGGUUGACGCUCCUGCUGCUGCUUCCACCAGGGCUGGGCUACGCUCGCAGCCCACACCCAGUGAGUACCACCCCAACAGCACCAACCUUAAGGGACCCCUCACCACCAUCACUCCCAUGCCCAAGUCAGUCAGCUUACCUUGCCAUAGCUCGGAGGACCCUGACCUCUCCACCCUUGAGUCUUUCCUCGGCCCUUCCUUCACUGUAGAAUCUGUGUUCAUGGACUCCAUCUUUAGUGAGUCAGCAGACAAAAACCUCCCCUUCCUUUCUCUUAACCCCACCUUAGUCAGCAACAUCAGCGGGCCUCCUGUUACAAAUAAGACCCACCCUCCUCCUGUGCCGCACGACAUUCGCACCCAAAACCAGACCCCCCACAGCCAAUCAAACGGCCAGAUGAGAUCCAGCGAGGGUGUUGAUCAGAGUUGUCUAAAUAAUCCGGAUCAGUCACUGAGCCCAGAGGAGAGGGAGUCUCUGUGGUAUGAGUACGGCUGUAUCUAAAUGACGGGGAGGUUUCUGGUUUGCUGAUUUUAAUACUUGAAUUGAAGAGGGAGGAACAAAAGGAUGGAUAAAGAGCAAAGCCAUUUCCUCUGCAUGUAUUCAUCAGAGCACUAUCUGUCUCUGUGUGGUGUUUGUGGGUCAUUUUUCCCUGUUUGCUAUGGUGCUGAUUGGUGACUUUAAUUUUUAAUAUUUUUUUAACCCCCAUUUUCUUUUCUAUGAUGCGGGACUUUGACUGUUCUUCCGUCCAAUACCCUUUCACACAUUAUUUUUACCUCAUCAGAUAAGUUUUACAUGGCUAACAUUAUACUAUUAUCUGCUGGAGUGAGGUGAUACAUCUUAACUUGGGAAUGAGAAGAAACAUAGAAUUAUCUAAAGCUUUCAUUCGAGGUCAGAACACACCGAGCAAGUCGGUUCAAGUCACACCAGGAAUCAUAAAAACAGCAGGAAAAGCUGUUUUCGAUAAUGAGCAAAGCAUUCUGGGGCAAUUUCUUCAUAGUAAAGUCAGAUAAUAGGUUCACUUUGCAUUUUCUGUUUAUUAUGGUGAUUCUUGGCAAGUCCCACUUUUCACCUCCUAAAUUGCAUGGCUUUGUUUUGUCUGUUUGACCUGAAACUUUCAUUUGGAUUGCUGUGAUCAAAAUGGUUUUCAUACGUUUGUUUCUUAUGAUGGUGUGUUUGUUUUUUGUUUUUUACAUUUGAUAUCUUUUCUGUUUUUCUUUGCUGUGUACACAUUCAUUGGAGUGUUUGCUCCCCUCUGCAAAUGGAUUAAUAUGAUCUGGUGGAUCUAAACUGACCACCUCCGCUGGUGACAAAAUGAUGACGCUUCAUUCCCAAAACAAUCAGAGUGGCAUUUUUAGUUUGAAACGUGAAAGUUGACGGUGAGGACACAGAAUACAGCACGAAAAUAUUGAUUUGGUUUUUUGCAGUUUAUGAUUGUUUGGGGGUAUUUUAAUAAUUUUUUUAGAACGUGGAGUCGAUACUGUAAGUUGAUUUGUUUGAGGUUGUUUUGUGAAUGAAGCAAACAUCAUUCCUUUUGGUAUUUUCUGACACGCCACAAGUUGGAUAACUUGAGGUGAUAUUUAAGACUGACCUAUCUUGUAUAGACUGCUAUCAUUAAGUUAUAAUCAAAGACGAGCACUACAUAUUGUGGCAAUACUAGUUGAACUGCCUGUAUCUACGUCCUUAUUUAUUUCUGCUUUCGUACUCUUUAGUUGCUGUUUUUAAGUUGCUAUAUUGUAUUUAUCUUGAUUCAAAGUAUCCGCAGGUAUGAAGUAAAUGAAAAUGGUCUGUCAUCACUCUGCAGAUGUAACAUAAGCGUUGCCUUUGUCCUACAGAUGUGGAGGGCAGAAAGUCUAAAAGCAGGAGCGGGGAGCCGCAGCAAAGCUGCUAAACCCUGUCCCCCCCACCCUCGUCUGUCUGCUACCAUGCUGUGAGCGCGU